AUGCAGAUGAACACGCUGACUUGGAGCCCCAGAGCUGGGUUUAUUCAUUAUUCAAAGUUAUGUAAAUGCCACUGGGUCCUGCAUGUUAGAAUCCUGCCCCUUGUCCCUGCUGCUUCUUCCUGCCUGACAGAUCCAGCCCGCCUUCUGCCUCUCCUCGCCCCUCAGGAGUGUACAUUCAUUUGCCCUACCCAGAAUCCCAUUUCAGACUCUACCUGCUCUCUAGCCACAAGUCUUCCUGAAGCUUGUUGGCAGGUCCUGGCCAUCAGGCAAGAUUGUGUGUGCGCGCUCAGUCAUUCAGCCGUGUCUGACUCUUUGACUCUAUGGACGGAUAGCCUGUCAGGCUCCUCUGUCCAUAGAAUUUUCCAGGCAAGAGUAACUGGAGUGUGUUGCCAUUUCCUGCUCCAGGGGAUCUUCCCAACCCAGGGCUCGAACCCAUGUCUCCUAAGUCUCCUGCAUUGGCAGAUGGGUUCUUCACCACUGAGCCCCCUGGGAAGCCCAUCAGGUAAGACUAUACAGGCCCAAAUAGAUGGACUUCUUAUUUCUAAACAUUUCCAAGGAAAAAAUACCCUGAGUGCUUAUAUAUGUGUUUUAAUAUCUCAAAAAUCUGUUUACUUAGUGAUUGGGUGGAUUUCCUGA